AUGCCUCUCCUGCCCCGUGCCCUCGCCAGAUGGCGGGAGAGCGAGGCAGGGAGGCGAGCUUUGCGCGGGCCAGGCCCGCACAGAGGAUGCCUCUCCUGCCCCGCGCCCUCGCCGGAUGGCGGGAGAGCGAGGCAGGGAGGCGAGCUUUGCGCGGGCCAGGCCCGCACAGAGGACGCUUUGCCCGCCUCGCCCCCCCUGCCGAAUAGCGGGAGAGCGAGGCAGGAGAGAAAUCCUUACUUUUUUUUACUGCCAAAACUCCAGCAGGUAGGAAUGGUGCCCCAGAGUCUGGAUGCCCUGUUGAUCUUCUUCCUCCUGGACCUGAACAAAGGAGGUCUUGCAGAGAACUUUCAGCAGGCUUUUCGAGUGGAACCAGUUAAUACCACCAUUCAUGAAGGGGAAACAGCUCUGUUAAAGUGUGAGGUGGACAACCCCUCUGGCAUUGUGCAAUGGGUGAAGGAUGGGCUUUUGCUGGGCCCAGACCGGCACAUUCCACGGUUUCCUCGUUACAGCAUGGUGGGGGACACCAAUAAAGGCCAGUAUCACUUGCAAGUAAUGAGGAGUCAACUGGAUGAUGACGCUUCAUAUGAAUGCCAGGUGGGACCCUCCGAGAAAAGUGCUGGUAUUAUUUCCCGCAGCGUGCAGCUUACGGUGCUUAUUCCCCCCAAAAGACCACUCAUUAUGGAAUAUGAAGCCAACAGUACUGUGACUUGGGUGGCUGGCAAGGAAUACACGCUAAGUUGCCAAGUGAAUGAUGCCCGGCCUCCAGCUGAGAUUGCCUUUAGUACGGGUGACAAAGAUCUGACAGAUGUGACAUCUCACGUCCAGCCUGGCUCCAAUGAUAAACUCUUUAACACUGAGGCAACCCUUAGGUUCACCCCCAGGAGUUUAGACAAUAGGCAGCGGUUGACCUGCAGAGCCUCCAACGCUGUUGCUAUAAUCCCAUCGGUUGUUGCCUUCACCAUGAACAUCCUGUUCCCACCUCAGCCCCCACAUAUUGAAGGAUAUACCGACCCUAUAGCAAAAGGCAAGGACCUCCAAUUGACCUGCCUUUCUUUGAGUGGAAACCCAUUGGCAACCCUGCAGUGGAUGAAGAAUGACGAAGUCAUUUCUACUAACUGGGAGACGGAUGAGGCCAAGCAAUUGUCCAGGAGUUCCCUGAGCAUCAGCAUCAAAGCAGAAGACAACAUGGCUACUGUGACCUGCCAGGCCUUGAACCAAGUAUUGACGAUUCCUCUGCAAGCCAGCAUCGUACUGCAUGUGGUCUUUCCUCCUGAACAGGUGAAAAUCAUUGGCUCAAGCAGCACUCAAGAGGAGAAGGAGAUUUCUCUGUCUUGUUUUACUUCACCCAGCAACCCACCAGUUUUCGUACGCUGGUGGCUGGGCUGGAGGGAGCUCAAUGCCACUGAGGUCACCAACUCAGAGGCAGCCCAUGGAGGAAUGAUUACAGUAUCGAACCUGACAUAUGUCGUACAUCGAGAAGACAAUGGUCUAUCGCUGAUCUGUGAGGCUUUCAAUGAAGCCAUAAUGUACACCAAGACUGCUAGUGUGGCCCUCAGAGUAAUGUAUCCACCUCAGAAAAUCUGGAUUGAUGUGCCACCUCUAGAAACAUGUUUCCGAGCUGGUAAUGAAGUCAAACUCACCUGUUUUGCCAGCGGUGGUAACCCUCCACCUCGUCUUGAGUGGUAUAAGGUGACCUGUACAAACAUAGGAGGAGCCACAGCAACAUGUGGGCAGCAACAACUGCUGUCUCCUGGCAAAAGUGGACUAUUGAAGCCCUGCCUGGGAAAGCAGGAAAUCAAGAGUGUAAGGGAUGGAAUAACCUCAAGGACAUCAGGGAAUAUUGUUUCCAGGGAGCUGAGCCUGACCCUUACGCCCAGUGACAACAUGGCUACCUACCGUUGCAAUGCUACCGGUGCUUCCAGAACCCCAGCACUCACUGCAUAUACUCUUCUUCAUGUCCAGUUCCCACCUCUACAUGCAACGAUUGCAACGACAGACAAAGAGUUGAGACGAGGCCAGUUGGUGACCCUGAACUGUAAAUCGGGAAGCAGCAACCCGCCUGCCAGUCUCACUUGGAUCAAAGAUGGAAAGAAAUUGGAUGCAACUAAUUUAGGACAGAAGAAAGCAGAAUACAGUGGUUUCUCCACUUCUGGGAGAGUCGCUCUGAGGGUAUCAUCUGCAGACCAUGGGAAGAGGGUGGAAUGUCAUGCAUUCAGCUCAGUUCUCUCUGAAGGUGUGAAUUCCUUCCACCAACUCACUGUCUUAUUCCCACCAGAGUUUUCCAGUGAGCAGGUCCAUAUAGUGCACGCCGUGGAGCACGGGGCUGUUCAGCUGCCUCUUCUGGUCUCUGCCAGCCCUCCUGAGAUCACUUAUCACUGGAGCUUCCUGGGAGAGGUAUUUCUGACAGAGGGUUCCCCACGGUACCACCUGCGGGAUGGUGGCUCUCUGGAGAUCUGGAACGUGACCCGAGCUGAUGCUGGAAAAUACAAGAUCCACUGUGAGAACGCAGAAGGGCACAAUGAGACAACAAUCACUUUGGAUGUGCAAUAUGCCCCAUCCAUUCGCAGCAUUGGAGACCCAACCUUUGUGGACUUGGGGGGCUCAGCAGAGAUUGUGUGCCAGGCGGAUGCCAACCCUGCACCCUUGGGCAUGUUUCAGUGGAGGUGGCUGGCUGAUUUGGAGCAAAGCUUGGAAGACCUUGGCAUUGAAGUUCUCUCAGAAGGGCUAACAGGACAACUGAGGGUCAAAGAGGCACAACGGACACAUGCUGGACUCUAUGAAUGCCAAGUGGACAAUGGCAUCUCUCCAGCAGCAAGGAGCAGUGCCCGCUUGAUUGUGCGGUAUCCACCAGAGAUCAUCAAGGGCCCCGGUCAGAGAAAAGUGGCAGCUACAGGGGAUGGGAAAAGCCAAGCUGUGCUCCAGUGCAGCGCUCAGGGUGUCCCGAAGGUGCAGUUCAGCUGGGCCAAGAAUGGAGUUUCCUUGGACCCUGACAGCCCCAGGCAUACUGUGGUUACGAGCCAUGUGGGUUCCUUGCAUACCAGCACCUUAACCAUUGCCAAUGUGAGCGCGGUUCAUGACUACGCCACCUUCACCUGCACAGCCAGCAACGAACUUGGCACAGAUACUCUUGACAUCCAGCUACUUAGUACCAGUCGCCCUGACCCACCCACAGAGUUGAAGGUCAUUGGGGUUUCCCACAAUUGGCUGGCCCUGGAAUGGACCCCAGGCUUUGAUGGAGGGCUUCAACAAAGCUUUCGUAUCAGGUAUCACUGGCCUGGCGUCCCCAGCUUUCUGUAUGUGGAUGUCUUCCCACCACAAUCCAGAGUGUUUACCUUAACAGGCCUGCAGUCAGACACCCUCUACAACGUCUCUGUCAAUGCACGCAAUGCUCUUGGGGAAAGCGACUUUGCUGAUGGACUUAGCAUCACCACUGCAGAGAGAAUGCAAGAACCAAUUGACAGAGAUCCAGGGAUUUCACCUGAACCCAAACCAGACAGACCCCUGCUGCCUCUUCCCAUCAUCAUUCUUCUGGGAGCCCUUGCGGGGCUCCUGAUAACAUCCAAUUUAUUGUUCCUGGGCUGCCUACUUUACAGGCGGCAGGUGCAAGGUCUGAAAGAAGAUGGAACCACUGGAGAAAACAAGGCAAAGGUGCGAUUUGGGAACAACUAUACUGUAUGCAGUUGGCUGAAGUGUAGUGCUCGCCCAGCCCAGCUAGAAGAGCACAGUUCUGAGAGCAGCUCUACAAAGAUGUCAACAUCUGGUUCUGCAGCUACUACAGAGACUUGGUCACAGUUGGGUCACCAUGCUGAAAAAGAGAGAAAUGCCACCAUUACAGAUCAUAAUAUCCUGCCACCUUGGCUUGGCUCCUCAGAGCCUCAUGAGUAUGAAGAAGUGAGGAUGGCAAGGGCUUAUGAGGAGCUGGCGCCUCUGUAUGACAUCUGGCACCCUAAGGAGGAACCACAGGUUCACGAAUAUGCAAGCCCCUACCAACAGAUUGGAGGAUUGCCGGCUGACUAUGCAAAAGUCAUACAGAUCUAUGAUCCGGUGGCGAAUUACCUGCUCCCGCAAGAGGAGCUGCCAUUUGAGCAGCAAGGGGAACUGGUCUAAGCAGAGCAACAAUCUGCUUGUCUGAUCCAUCAGGAUUUGGUUGUCUUCUAUAAAGUAACCCGUGAUUAUA